UUGAUGUUUUAUUGUUAUGUAGUCCAUAGUUGUCUGUAUCUUGUAGUCAAUUACUCAAUUACUAUUUACUAGUCUCCGAUUUGUGUUAGUACUUUGUUUUUUAACAUUGAAUAUUUAUUACAUUUUAAAAUGUAUUUUACUAUUUAGUAAUAAAUUAUUACGUUUGUCUAAUUGUAUUUAAUUUACAUUACCACAUUAAUUUCCUUCUCAACAAUAUUUUGUCAUAUUGUUGGAACUGAUCAUAGAUGUAAAUAUUUCAUGGAUACGGUCAUACGGCUUAGGAUUAAGUCAUUCGGGAAAAUUUGAAGACGAACUAUUAUUAUUGAGCGAUGUUAAACUGACAAUGGCUUUAAUGGGUGAUCAGUUUGACGUUGCUCAGAGGAAACCAGCGUAUGUGCGUUUUCAAAACAACACCUGCUAUAGCAUCGAAGUAAAUUGGAUGAAUUUUCACAAUGAAGAACAAACCUACUGUAUUUUAGCUCCAAAUAAAUUUUUAGAUGUUAACACAUUUUCUACACAUUCAUGGGUUUUUAGGGAAUGUAUAUCAAAGAGUCAUAUGGUUGUUGCUGGAAGAGAAGUAUUCAUCGCAACACCUUGGGCUGAAGAACAUAGGCGUCUUGAAUUUAAACAUCCUAUCAAUGUACCAUUAAGAACAAGGGUUUUAAUUGAAAUGCCAGCUAUGGACUUACGACAACUAUGCUUGUUAAAAUUAGCAAGUUUAUUAAAAAAUAAAGAUGACAUAAUCAUGUUGGAAAUACCUACAACACUUCAAAAGGAAUUAAUAGAAAUGAUAUCAAAUAAAGAAGCUAGUAAAAUUCAAUUGACUAACUAAUAGAUUUUUUAAACUUUUUCAUUUUACAUUGUUUUAUCAGAAAUAAAUAUUGUAUAAAUUAUUAAAUAAAAAUAAUAGUUUUGGUAAGAUAAAAUUAUAUGAAUAAAAUGUUGAUAGCACCUGUGUUCUAUAUAAGUCAGUAGUAAUGAAAUAAUCUUUUUACCCAUUUCUUUCCUCGAGAAUCUUUGUGAGUGAAUACCUGAGGGUGAUAUAAUUUUUUUUGAAUAGAUCAAUUUAUAACUUAUACAAAUAUAAGAUGAAAUAAUUUUGAAACUAGA